AUGUGCUUCAGAGAUGGAUUCAAUUCGAAACAUCACCAGCCAUGGCAAAUUAUCAGUGCUGCCACCACGACGGGGUUUGUGAAGGACACACCGGCAGCUUGCGAGCUGCGUUGCCAUGGUCCCGUGCAGUUGGGCUUUGUUGUGAACCAUUCCGGACAAAUCACACGGGUGACUACAGGCACAUGGGCCGCCGAAAAUGGUUUGGAAGCUGGCGACGAGGUACUAGCCAUCGAUGGUCGUUCCUGGGACGACUUUUCGACAACGGUGACGCGUGAAGAUUUGUCAAAUCUCCGGGGACCCCGGCGGUUGGUCGUGCGCGCAUGGGCAACAGCACUGGAUUUACAGGAAGCAGUGCGUCGAUCAGUGGCAUCCUCAUUGGGCGAAGCACGCGGACAUUUCAGGGAGGCACUGCAAGAUGAGCGUCGGCGGUUUGCUUUCCGCGAGGCGCUUCAGGCCCAAUUGGCGCACUGGCGUCCAAGAGAAACAUGGCCAUUCCCGGCUCUUCCGAAGGAUGCAGUCGACACAGCCGCAGAAGUUGGCGAACUCGUGGGUGCUGGCACGCAAGCGCAGCUGCCACGAGUCACCAAGCUGGAGGCCGCUGCACGCAGGAUCCAAGCAAGGUACCGCUGGAUGAAGCUGUGGCGGCAGCUGGACACAGCACGUGAGCGUGAGGCCGCAGCAACGAAGAUCCAGGCCAUGCAACGUGGCCGGCAAGCACGUCGCGGUCUUGCCGCACAGUUCGCAGCGUCAGCGGCCGGAAUGGAGAUCUUCGAGUCUGACAGCGAUCCGCAAGAGCCUUCGGAGGGUGAAGCAGGGAGCAGUGAACGCGAAGUUGAAAGUCCGGUGGCAGUACCGAGUGCAACGAGCAAAGCAGCAGAGCCAGCGGUGAAGAUCCAGAAAACCUCGGCCCAUGUGGCCUCGCGCGUGACCGCGGGCGCAGACACUGGCUUGGACGACUGUGCAGAUACCGGCACUCACGACUUCUUCGGACAGAGCGCGGCUCUGCAACCGCUGGAAAAGCCCAACCAAAAAGAGCGGCCAGCCGGGAUUAGAGUUCAGAAGUACCCAAUCUCGGGCAGCUCGUCGCCGCCGACGCCCCAGCAGCCACCGCUGAGCAUGGCCUUGACGGCCAUGUCUCUUGAUGGACCGUCGGCCUCGGGCACAGACCCGGCCCUGGUGGCCGCGGCCGUCCGAAUUCAGGCGGCAGAACGGGGGCGCCAGGCCCGCAAGCGUGCAAGGAAGAUGGCCGCGGAGUUCCUGGAGCCGGCUCCAGCCCUGCUGGAGCCGAAGCUGUUGGCAACGGAGGAAAACCACGCAGAGGAAGCUUUGGUCUGCGUCUCUGUCACGAAUCAGUUUGAGCAUGAAGACGAGCCAGGCGAUUGGCACAAGGCAGCCCCCCUGCAGUCUGGUGAGACUCUCGGCUUCGUGGCGACAAGUCCGCAGGGCUUCUCGCUCCAGCCAGACAUGUCCCCAAAGAGUGCGCGUACGAAGAAGGACAAGGCGACGGCAGAGCCAGCUGUCGGCUUCUUCGGUGCGGCACCGGAGGCUGCCAACGCUGCGGUCUCCGCCGUGGCAGAUCCGCUCGGACUCUCCGAACAGUUGACGCUCCGGCCGGAGACGGACACGUCCAGACCAAAGCCGGAGGCUGCCACCAGCGGACAAGGCCCUGUUUGGAGCUACCGCCGUGAUGCCUGCAGCAGCUCGGCACAAGAUGCUCUGAAAUCCUUCAUCAACUUUGUUUGCCAGGCGACGGCAGAGCCAGCUGUCGGCUUCUUCGGUGCGGCACCGGAGGCUGCCAACGCUGCGGUCUCCGCCGUGGCAGAUCCGCUCGGACUCUCCGAACAGUUGACGCUCCGGCCGGAGACGGACACGUCCAGACCAAAGCCGGAGGCUGCCACCAGCGGCGGGGUUUUGGAAUUGUCUCUGGUCAAAAGAAACAUUUCCCCCAAGAGUGCGCGUACGAAGAAGGACAAGGCGACGGCAGAGCCAGCUGUCGGCUUCUUCGGUGCGGCACCGGAGGCUGCCAACGCUGCGGUCUCCGCCGUGGCAGAUCCGCUCGGACUCUCCGAACAGUUGACGCUCCGGCCGGAGACGGACACGUCCAGACCAAAGCCGGAGGCUGCCACCAGCGGCGGGGUGAAUGCAGAACCCAGUUUGGGUUUCUUGGGCGCUGCGCCAGCGCCCACCAAAGCAGUGGUCUCGAUAUCUUCGGAUCCGUUGGGGCUUUCCGAGAACUUGGAGCUCCAACCGCAGCGUGGCUUCCGGCUUCCCGCAAGGGAAUCCAAGGAAAAGAAGCUCAAGGCAAAAGAGACUGACAAAUCCCGGGACAAGGGCAAGGACCGGGAGCAAGACAGGGACAAGAGCACUGACAAGGUGAAAGUUGAGCCUCUCGGCUUCUUCGGUACUGCGCCCGAUGGCACCAAAGCUGUGGCCUCAACUGCCACCGAUCCGCUGGGCCUAUCAGAGCAGUUGGAGCUGCAGCCGCAGCGUGGCUUCCGGCUCCCGGCGAAGGCAAAAGACAAGGAUGCGAAGGAGUCGAAGGAGAAGGACACCAAGAAGAAAAAGAAAAAGAAGAAAAAAGAAGACGAGUCUGAGCUGGACAUCCUGGGCUUCUCGCUCUAUUAA